CCGAUCGGGCUCGUUCGGUUCGGCCGCAGGUCACCAGGCAGCGUUCGCCGUUCAGCGUCCGCGUUCCUUGGUCCCUCCGACCGAAUUCCGUCGUCGGGUCGUCUGCAAUUUCGAAGCUUUUUCCAGUUUUAAGCUCGCCCAUGUCGGAAUCUUUCCUGCGCCGACACUGACAUCGUAGAAACCGAACGCGGAACACGGUCUUCGAAGCGUGGAACUUUUGAGAGAGAGAGAGAGUCGUGACCGAGGAAAAGCAGUAUGAUAUCCCUGCAGCGAGCGGCUAAAUCCAUCCACACGGCCGUCGCUGCCCCGCGCCUCUCUAAAUUCUCUCUCCACGUUCCUAAAUGCGUGGAGGUGGAAUUCACUAAUGGUAGCACAUUUAGGUUGUCUGCUGAAUUUCUCAGAAUUUGCAGUCCUGCUGCAGAUGGCAAGAUGAGGUCUAUAGGAGGUGAAAAGGUAAUAUUUGGGCGUCGUCAUGUUGGAAUUAUGAAAGUCGAACCUAUAGGAAACUAUGGGGUGAGGAUAAUUUUUGAUGACUUGCAUAAAACUGGGAUCUAUACAUGGGACUAUUUUUAUCAUCUUGGAAGCAACAAAUUUACCCUCAUGAGAGAUUACAUUAAUACGCUCAAGAAGCAUGGACUUAGCCGGGAUCCUUCCAGAAGAAAAUGAUAGCGACUUUUCUUCCUUGGUUAUAACUGGUAGUUUUCAUGGAAGUGGUAAUUUCAGCAAGGGAUAAGGUCAACUCUUCGAUUCAAUUACUUGCAUGCGCUGCUCAAGAGUAAGAGCUGAUUGCUUGAAAAUGGAAAUGGAAAUUUAUUAAAUAGACAAGUGAAGAUUGUAAUUUUAGGCAUGUUGGGCUUCAGUCUGCACCGAUGAGGUAUCCGAAACAGGUUCUUUCAGCUUGUGCUUCUCUGGCCUCUUGGUUGGUGUGGUUUUGAAGAUUUUUAAGUCUUCUCUUAGAUUCAAGGGAAAAUCUCCCAGUUCUGAAUUUUGACAAGAAAGCUUGAUAAUUGUUCUGAUUCAGUACAAUUGGAAUUAAAAAUGGUAGUAGAUGAAAUUGGAUCCCCUUGGAGCCAUGGAAAAUGUAAAGGGAUUGCAUUGGCAGAAAAGUUCAAGAAGAUUGAAGCAGAGGUAAUAAAAAUGGUGUAUUGUCUGUAAUAUCAUAGAAAAUUAUGUCUACAAUCAAUGCAAUUUGUGUACUAUAUUCUCAAAUGCUAAUAUAGAUUUUGCAAGAGAAUGUUGUCGUCUAGUUUGUUAGAGCAUUUGCUAUGACUUUCCUUUUCUCAGAAGAAUGUAGUGAUAAACUAGCAGUUUGCACGGUUACAUCACGUUUCAGUUCAUGGUC